CGGGCCGCCCGCCCUCGCCGCCGCCGCCGCCGCCACCUCCCCCGAGCCUGCGGGCGGCGCCGAGGCCGAGGAGCGCUCGCUGCAGCGCAUGCUGCGCGCCAUAGCGGAGGAGCGCGGCCGUCUCAGCCUGCGCCGGGAGGUCUGCGGCCUCGGUGAGAAAAGCAAGCUUCGGGAAGCCAGGCGACUCACCCAAAGUCAUGUCGCUGGGAGGUGGCAGAAGUGGGAUUUGGGGCGUUCCAGCUGCGGCCCGUCAGAUGCCGGUAGCCAUCCUGCAGGGGGUUCGUGGAAUGAGCCAGAAGGAAUGAAGUGGGGAAACUGCCUUCCAGGGAGCCUGCCAGCCUGGCCCUUUCCCAUUUUGCUGGGGUGCUUCAAGGAUGACCGCAUCGUCUUCUGGACGUGGAUGUUCUCUACCUACUUCAUGGAGAAGUGGGCACCACGGCAGGACGAUAUGCUUUUCUACGUGCGCCGGAAGCUGGCAUACGCGGGCAGCGAGGGCAGCUUGGACGGAAGGAAGCUGGCAGAGACUGAGCCCGAGGUGGACGUGGAGGUGUACCGGCGUGACUCCAAGAAGCUGCCGGGCCUCGGGGACCCUGACAUUGACUGGGAGGAGAGCGUGUGCCUGAAUCUCAUCCUGCAGAAGCUGGACUACAUGGUGACAUGCGCCGUGUGCACGCGCGCCGAUGGGGGGGACAUCCACAUCCAUAAGAAGAAGUCCCAGCAAGUGUUCGCGUCCCCCAGUAAACACCCCAUGGACAGCAAGGGCGAAGAAUCCAAGAUCAGCUACCCCAACAUCUUCUUCAUGAUCGACAGCUUCGAGGAGGUGUUCAGCGACAUGACAGUGGGGGAAGGGGAGAUGGUCUGUGUGGAGCUGGUGGCCAGUGACAAAACCAACAUGUUCCAGGGUGUCAUCUUUCAGGGCUCCAUCCGCUACGAGGCACUCAAGAAGGUGUAUGACAACCGAGUGAGUGUGGCUGCCCGCAUGGCACAGAAGAUGUCAUUCGGCUUUUACAAGUACAACAACAUGGAGUUUGUGCGCAUGAAGGGGCCCCAGGGCAAGGGCCACGCUGAGAUGGCAGUCAGCCGUGUGUCUACCGGUGACACAUCCCCCUGCGGGACGGAAGAGGACUCCAGCCCGGCCUCACCCAUGCAUGAGCGGGUGACCUCCUUCAGCACGCCCCCCACCCCGGAGCGGAACAACCGGCCCGCCUUCUUCUCCCCGUCCCUCAAGAGGAAGGUGCCUCGGAACCGGAUCGCUGAGAUGAAGAAGUCUCACUCGGCCAACGACAGUGAGGAGUUCUUCCGGGAGGACAACGGAGGGGCGGAUCUGCACAAUGCCACCAACCUGCGGUCUCGGUCCCUGUCUGGCACGGGGCGGUCCCUGGUUGGGUCCUGGCUGAAGCUGAACAGAGCGGAUGGAAAUUUCCUUCUCUAUGCACACUUGACCUACGUCACUUUGCCGCUGCAUCGGAUUUUAACAGACAUCCUGGAGGUGCGGCAGAAGCCCAUCCUGAUGACCUAGCCGUGUGCAGAGCCCGCGCGGAGCCCCCCCCCAGCCCUGCCCGGCCCCGGGCGUGCUGCCAAGUGCCUACCCGUCCACCGCCACCGGGGUCUUCUGUGACAGCCCAGCCAGGCGGGGCCGCUCGACUCCGGGGGCCGGGGCCGACUCCACGAACACCAGCCCAAACUGAAGUGCCUCUUUCUCCUCCCCUGCUGGCUCUGCUCCCGCCCCUGUGCCCAGCCGCCAUCAUGCCCCCCCACUCCCCCGGCCCCAGCCCGUCUCUGGGGGGCCCUCGGCACCCAGAGAGGCCCAGAGACGCCAAGAGGCUGUAAGAGCAGAGGAGCGGCCGGCGCCCGGCGUGUGUCCAGACCUACGGAUCCGACGUUCACGCUCGGACAGACCACAGGUGGAGAGACCCCCCCCUCCCCCCACCCCGGUCGGGGGCACUCAGUGUGUCGGACCAUCAACGCUUCCCCGAGGAGAACUGGCUUCAGAGUCUGUAACGCUGUCCCGGUGAACUCCGGCGUCCGAGUUAGUCCCGACCUGUCCGCCCUCCCUCGUUCACCGCUUGGUUAUAAAUGGGUUACCGCGACGUUUUAAACGGGGCACGCGGCUGUUGAGGGUUUUGCCCUGGGCUGGGAAUACCUCACCCCACGCCUGGUUCCAGAAAGGCCUCGAGCUGAGCAGACAGGCCCCGAUCCUGCCAGAACGGCCUUUGCUUCCAGCCAAAGAGCACCACCAACACACACACCUCCGCCUUGGAGAUAAUCCCGCUCUGCGCCUCGGCUGGCGUGACCCGCAGAAUUUGGACUCUGAGGGCAGGUGGGACGGCUCGGUCGUCAGACAGAAGAGUGUUUUGGGGGAGUGCGGUGGAGUCGGCCCCCUCCCGGGAAGGUUCUGGGUAGAACCUCCAUCCCAUCCCAGGGCCGGGGUUGGGGCGGGGGGGGGGGUGGGGGGGGCUGGGAAGGGGAUGGGGUGUUUCCCGGAGCUCGUUUCCUUUGACUGAGUGUGCUGGUCCCGUUUCUCAGACCAGCUCACUGAGGCAAAGCGGAACUGGCCUCCACGCGGCUGGUCUGGUGGGUUGGCGUGAGCGGCCUGGCUCCGGCUGGAAGGAGUCCUGCCGGUGAUGACAAACCACGAGCCUUCUCCAGAGCGGAAGCGUGUGCCCUGCCCCCAUGGGAAUAAACUGUAAGCUGGGUCUCUGUCGCCAUGUUGUUUCGUUUGAAGUCCCCAGGAACACGUGAGGGUUUCCAGUCGUGCGUAGAGAUCCUCUCUGCGAGGAGAGAAGGGGCCGGAGGGGCUCGCCCCCACCUGUUCUAUUCUGCGCACGCUCCAAGGGUUUGCGCUGGGCUCUGGGAACAGGGGCUGCUUUGGGGCUUUCUCUAGAUUUUGUAUGCUGUUAUUAAAAGCAAGCUAUUGCGUUUCAUUCUGCCUCAGUUUGCCCACCUGUACAAUGGGGCUGAUACCACCUACCUCACUGAAGUCUCCAGGGUUGCAGUGUACGACUGGGUCGGGCGGCCACCCUGCACGGCUCGGCUCGGGGGUAGACCUGGGAUGCCUUCCUGCCCCCCAUCUCCCGUGUGUGUGUGUGUGUGUGUGUGUGUGUGUGUGCCGGGGCUGGGCUGGAACAAUCUCGCAUUCUCGGCAGCGCCCAGCUCCUGCUUGGCUGUAUCCCAGCUGCCUCAGGACUUUGCGUUCCGGAGCAGUGUUUCAGGACAGCACAGAGCCGGGCCUCGCCCCUCAGACCCCUGAGCACGGCCCCGUGUUCCAGGAGUACUCUCCGGGGGACCCAAACGCUGUCCCCCAGUUUGUGUCUAGGGUGGCUAAAGUACAGCUUUUUCUUCGGGAAUUUUUUCCUCCCUGGUCAUCUGGGGUCUUAAGACUCUGGAACUCAGGUCUCGGGAGAAAUACGGUCCUGACGUCUCUCCCGUGGAAGAAUGAGGUAGCUCCCACGCAGAAGUCCAGAGGGGCACGAAAGGGUCCCCCCCCCCGCUGGAACCAGGCCCUGAGGCUCAGCCCCCGCUCCUGGGAGCCCCUGGGCACACCAGACGCCUCCUCCGUAAGGUGACACACGUGAGUUCUGCCCGCGUCACAGGCGAGCUGAGGGUUAGUGAUGGUACCGUGCGCGUACAGGUGCUUGGCGGGUCCUAGAAAUGUGUGCAACGGUAGUGUUUGGAGACAAUCCCUCAUCUGUGACACACACGAGCGGAUGCACACGACGGUCUGGCUGUUUUCCAUCCAGCACGAAGGUGGUGCCAGCCUGUGCGGGCACCGUGCUGUCGUCACGCCCAGCCUGCGGGCGAGGAAACCACACAAUGACAGCCGGAGUCCCAUCCAGGCAGCCGGCCCCGGCCGUACCGCGCCGUGACAGACGGACACGCGUCGUGGAGGCCACCUUUCUCGAUCUUUGCAGGACAUGCUGGUUUUAGAAGCACUUGGUAGCUGGGCAGUAAGCUGUCCCCCCGAGGCUUAUUUUUUCAAAGCAACCAACAACAUCAGUGGCGAAGUAACAGUAACAAGGGACAGGGCCGAGACCGGGGCCCCAGCGCCCUGGUCCUGCUGUGUUCCUGGCGUUGGUACGGUUUGCCUUCUCGCAAGGCCAUCUUGCGUUUUGCUGGAAGCGUGCCCGUCUCCUGUGUAACGCGGGGAUGACCAGAGCACGCGUGCAUUUCUCAAAUGGCAACUGGAGUCAAAGUACAGUUUUCCUGAGAAGAAACGAGGCGUCGCUUUUUGGGCCAUGAACGAGAACGUUCUCUCUUGACCAGAAAUGUCACGGUCCCAGAGUCGAUGGACGGUGUGUCGCCUCCACUCCGCCUGUUAGCGCCUCCAAAGCUGCGGGAGCGUUUGGUCUCCCACGCGGAGGUCUUACAGGAACUGCCCGUUGCCUCUACAAACAGCCGAGGCUCAGUAUGUCAGAAAAAGAAUAUUAUUUAUGAUAUUACAUAGUCAACAAAGAGCAACAAAUAAGAAAACGCGGAAAAUGUUCUGCAGCCCAAUCAACUUGCAGACGGAAGGGUUUUCCGAAGAGCCCCGUUCUUGCCAACGUUUGGGCUUUUCAAGGACCGUGAACAGACCCUCAGAAAUGAGGUUUCUGUUCUACACGGAGCAGUGGCAGUGAACCACACGGAGGCUUGUUGCUGGUUUCCUCACAUAGAGUCUAGCCAGUAGACCCUAUGGUGAAACUUUUUUCUCCCCCGUUAAGACAUUCCAGAAGGUGGGCCCUGUGUGGUCGGUAAAUUCUAACGACUGACGUGACUGCAUUUGACCCUGUCAUCAUUUGGAGGUCUGGAGGCGCUGGCCGAGAUUCUUUAAAGGCGUCCCGCGUUAAGAGGCUGCCAGCGUUUUCCAUGAGCCUGGAUAGCUUCUGCCCGGGCACGUGUUCUGGGCGGUUUUGCACAUUAGCGAGAAUGGGGGUUUCAUGGCCAGUUUCAAGCCCGAGUAUCUUUUGACAUGACGUGGAUUCUUCCUGUUCAGGCUGCUUCUCAUCUCUGUAGCAGAAAGCAGAAUUCUCUUAAAACACAUCGCCCUGACGGGGACACAGGCUCCGGGAGAGAGGGAGGCAAGGGCCGGCCGACACCUCCCCCAGAGCGUGAGCCUGAAGUGACCUCCCGGUCCCGUGGCCCGAGUCGGCCUGGGUUGGGGGGGGGGGGGGUCACCUCUGGCUGCUUUCCUCUGUUCUUUGCCACCUGGUGUGGCACUGACCUGGUCCUCGGGGGGAGAAGGGAGUCCUCUGGCCUUUUCUGUGAACCUCCGGAACGAACAGCCUGGAGAACCCCUUGGUUCCCACGCACAGAAGCCAGGCCGCCAGGCUGCCGAGGGGCCUGGGGCGGGGGUCAAAGCGCCACGGCGGGUAGCCCCCCGAAGUGGAGGAAGCCGCAGAUGCACGGAGUUAGUUUGUGGUUUUCCUCAGUCCCCAAGGCAAGCGGGCACCUUUAUUUCUGCAGCUCUGGUCCUGACGCACAGGAGACCAGACGUAACGGUGAUGCCCCAGCUCUGCCGAGGUGGCAGCGGCGGGAAGCUUUCAGUCCUCCUUACCUUCCUUGUGCUUUUACGCACAUCCGCAGCUCGCGGGCGGGUUGGGUGUAAAUAGGGACCUUUUCUGGUUUCCAGACGGACUCUGUGCGUGAAGAGUACUCAACCCUGCAAAGAAAACCUGUUGAGAUUCUUUUUCACGACCUUGAGGCUUGAGUAACGUGGUUUCUACAAAACCUGUUUUAGCAAAAACAGCACAACGGCAUCAUUGGACACGUUAGGAUCGGACUGUCCGUGGCGUUUCCAUAGCAGCAGCAGCGGCAGCUUCUGGGCCACCCAUCUUCGGUAUACAGAAACCAUUUCUGAGCAGCUCUUGGUUGGCUGUGAGCUGUGCUGUGCGGGUUUUGCAUUUCUGUUGAAGGUUGAUUUGCAUGUUGGAUAUUAAAUUUCUUUUUCCUCCGUGUUUUCCUCCA